CUUGAAACAGAGUCGGUGAGAUAUCAAUCAUCAGCUUCCAAAAAUGAGUAGCAGAAUCUCUGCGAAAACCAACACAAACCCAAUGUCUCAGCAACAAGAAGAAUUAAAGGAAGAAGAAGUGGGCAAGUUGGCUAUAAGAUUAGCCAAUGCGGUGAUCCUACCAAUGGUUCUAAAGUCAGCCAUUGAACUCAACAUCAUAGACAUCAUCUCCGCUGCAGGGGAUGGCAAGUUCCUCUCACCUUCUGAGAUUGCGGCUAGCCUUCCCACCAAGAACCCAAACGCCCCGGUUCUGCUGGACCGGAUGCUGAGGCUUUUUACAAGCCAUUCUAUUCUCAAAUGCUCGGUUCGAACCGGCCAAGAUGGGAAGGUGGAGAGGCUGUAUGGUGCUGGUGCUCUAUGCAAGUUUCUUGUCAAGGAUCAGCAUGAUGGAGUUGGGUCUGUUGGGCCUUUGCUUCUGCUGCAUCAUGAUAAGGUCUUCAUGGAGAGCUGGUGCCACUUCAAUGAUGCAGUAUUAGAAGGCGGAAUUCCAUUUAACAGGGCUUAUGGAAUGACAGCCUUUGAGUAUCCAGAAACAGAUGAGAGGUUCAAUCGGGUAUUCAACCAGGCCAUGUCAAACCACACUACCUUAAUCUUGAAGAAGAUAUUUGAUGUUUAUAAAGGGUUUGAAGGCCUCAAUGUGUUGGUCGAUGUGGGGGGUGGAAUUGGUGUCACUCUCAAUUUGAUCACCACCAAGUACCCCCACAUUAAGGGCAUUAAUUUUGAUUUGCCACACGUUUUAGCUGAUGCUCCUUCUUAUCCAGGUGUGGAGCAUGUUGGGGGAGAUAUGUUUGUAAGUGUUCCACAAGGAGAUGCUAUAUUCAUUAAGUGGAUACUUCAUGAUUGGAGUGAUGAGCAUUGCUUGACACUUCUCAAGAACUGCUGCAAAGCUCUUCCCAGCUCUGGAAAAGUUAUCAUUGUGGAAUCAAUUCUUCCCGACAUUCCUGACAGUAGUGUUACAUCGAACAUUGUCUGCGAGCAGGACUUACUCAUGCUAACAGUAAACCCCGGAAACAUGAAUACGAGGACUUAGCAGUAAAAUCUGGAUUCUCUUCAUGUGAAGUCAUUUGCAAUGCUUACAACAGCUGGAUUAUGGAGUUCCACAAAAACGCAAAUCCCUAAAAGAAAUUUGUAGUCACCUGAUGCUCUUUGUAGCUUGGUUUUACAUCGAAGAAGCUGUAUGUUUUCUAAUAAUAGGUGGCCAUCACAAUGGUCUGAUCAACUUGCGUCUAGCUGCAACGGUGGUCUGAGAAGCAUGAAGAGCCCUCCUCUUGUGCCAUUGCCAAUGUAGUGGUUAGAUGCCGGCUGAGUUCACUGAACAUCAAGCCUAAACAGCUGUUAGGCUUUCUAUUUUGUAAGGGAGUGGAACUUAAUUGUGGACGGUUGAUUGUAUCUCUUGUCUUCAUCGCUUUUCAGUUUGGUGGUUUGGUUUGCUAAUGCUAUGAUCGUUUUCUUUGAGCA